GUAUGCACUCGCACACAACUCGGUAUUGCAUCUCAAUCUCUCGUCUCCAGAACUGCUAUUCCCUGCGAUCUUAGCAGAAGAAGCGCUAGGCACUCGGUUGAGGAAUAGAAGAAUGGCCUUGUUGCGGGACUUUCUGCUCUCAGGUCUUCUCGUGUUGUCGCUCGUCGUCGUCGCGCAUGCCCAAGUCGGGAAUGGUCUCGCCGCGUUCGUUCCUUUCCCCGGCGUCCCUCGAUGUGUGCUUCUAGCGGGUCUGCAGCCCAACAAGGUGCUCAAGUACCAUCCGCUCGGCGACAUCGGAGCCACGGGCACUAUGCGCAUCUCCGUCUUCCAGAUGCAAGGAAAGAUCAACCUCAAGUUCAAGGUCGACAGCAGCCUGCUCUCCGGCCCGCUCCCCCCACGCAACAUCACCGUCUUUGAUUCCCGCUCAGGCGGCGCAACCGGCUUUCCCCUCUUCGGCGUCAACGGCAAGUGGACGUCCAGCCCUACAACCUCAACCGUCGCACUCCGCACGUGGAUCCUUGAUGCGGCGAACAAGUACCCGCCCGGGUCGACCAUUUCGUACUACAACUUAGUUAAGCAGGUUGAUUUGAGUCCGAGGAGUUUCUUCGGGUCGAUUACGACGGAGAGGUACAAGUGGGGGGCUUUGAGGGGGACGUUCCAACGGGGGGCCGUGAACAUGUUUAGCCCUGUGCCCUUGUGCUGAGAGUGGUGCCCAUGUGCUGAGUGCGGUGCCCAUGUGCUGAGUGCGGUGCCCAUGUGCUGAGUGCGGUGCCCGUGUGCUGAGAGCAGUUCCCUUGUGCUGAGAGCGGUGCCCAUGUGCUGAGAGCGGCGCUGAGACGGAAAGCUAGCAAAUGCAGCUGCCGUGCUGAGGAGCCGUGUUGCCAUGGCUGCAUGUGCACCAGGUCUUAGGCGGAACCCACUUGUAGCAGUAGUCUAAUCUGGUGCAUUUCCCUGGUCAAGCACAUUGCUUGAUAUCAGCUGGCGUCACAUUUCUUGUACUAAUCUCUUAUUAGAGGCAUAUAUCAUGAAAGAAUCUUAGUUGUAAUGGUGCGUGAGCAUAUCCAAUAAAAUGUAGACCCCAUC